AAUAAAAUCUACUAGAAAAAAGAAAUCAACUCGAAUAUUAUUUUCGUAACGAUGAAUUGUUGUUGUAAAUUACAUAGUUUCUGUUCGAAACUAUGACUACAAUCUUCUAGUCAACUCUCGCGAGAGAUAUUUUAUUGCUCACAUAGAAAUCAUUGUUGUACCGGUUCUUUUAGUUAUGUAGGUAUUAUCCGUAUUUCGUAUACCUAUAUAAUUGUUAUGAAUGUCUAUUUGUUAACCCUAUCACGUUCAUCUAUAUAUAUAUAUCAUCAUAUAAUCUAAGGUACAGUGAUUCGUUAUUUUCGACUAUUAUUUUUAAUGCAUUCGUAGCAUCUUACUAACUGCAUACGAAUUUGGCCAAAUUAACGAAGGUCUAUUAACUAUCCAGGCUGAUCAAAAAUUCCGAUAUUCGUUUAAGCUCAAUCUAUAGAACAGUGAAAAAGUAAAAAUGAUCCAGUGUUCUGUUCAGACGUAUUUGAAGUCACCAACCACACUGCUAAAUUUUUAGUACUAAUUAGUUUCGUAAAAGAAACCGUAAGUUCGUGGACACGAGCUCUUAAGUUAGGUCACAAAAUCCAGCAAGGGUGUAUAGUAUUUUACGUAUUAUCAGGGUAACGGAUAUAUGAUCGUGGAGAAAAGCUUUGUAGCGUUGAGAUCAACAUUUGUUUCGCCGAUUAAAUAACCUGAAGUUACGCAAUUACAAGAAAAGUUUUAAUUCCUAAUUAAGCGCCCGUGACGAUAAAUAACAUCGAUGCACUUCUCGAAGAAAGCGUAAUUGAACUUUACUGAGAGGACUCCAUACAACAAUUAGCCCUGAAAUUCACCAGCGUAACUACAUUGUUAACGAGCUGGUCAAGAUCCGUCGAUUCUAUUGAGGAAACGUUUCCAAUUCAUCCGCAUGCGGACAGGAUUCUCAAAGAACUACGCCAGCAAGGAAGAAUUCAUGGGGCACGGUGGGAUUCCGCCCUAGCAACACUUACGACAGUUUGUCACCCAAUGGUUGCUAACGGUUUAGCUCAUACUGCACUAUCUAUGGUGAAUCUUCAAAAAGAGUUUGUGUCAGCCCCGUUAAUUAACUGCGAUCCGGAAACGGACAUAUCAACGUGUGUUGCCAUGGACGACCUCGAUGGUGCAGGGUUAAAGGAUUUGGUUGAAAUCUUCGUUAGACUUCAGGCUAUUUGCACGGCGCUCGCCCACUCCCAAAGAAUAGGAAUCUCUGAAAAAGCGGUGAACCUCGCUUCAGGUCUCAAUGGUGAAGUGGUCGCGGAGCUCUCAGCGUUAAAAUCAGCCCUACGACAACAGGCGCAAACCAGAGGUACUGACUAUUUAGAGCGCGUUGUGGGCGAGACAACCGAAACCGGUAGCUAUUCACGGUUAACAUCCGCUGCUGGAUUUGUGACGGAUAUGGUUUCCAACGUGGCCUCGUUGGCAAGCGAAGCCUCAAAAUCUAUAACGCAGCUAAUGGACAAAGGAAUGUACUAUAUGUGCAUUUCGUACAUACUGGUCACGUAUGUGACUCUUCUAUUGGUUUCACACUGGUUGACGUGUCGGCUUCUUCGGAAUGCUCGUCAGGCUUGUUUUUUAAUAGCGUUCUCAAACUGCGUUGUCCAAAUUUGGCUGCUGCACAAAAGUCGAACAAAGGGCAACGUAGACAUGGGUUGGCUUAGUCCAAAUCUGACGGACAGCACGUACGUACACUGCGCCCUCUUGGCACUCGUCCUCACGUUUACGGGUGUCCGCAGGCAUGAUGUUCGGUUGAAGUAUCUGCAUCAUAUUACUUCGCAACAUAUGCAGAUUUGUCAGAUUCUACAAGGUUUAGAACAAAGACGACGAUUGGAGGCUGCUUAAAGUCUUUUGUUGUUGUCUUCACGACCACACUUUAGCGCGCAGAUGUGGCGUUUAAGCUGUAAAUUCAGGGACUUGCUAUAGUAGAGCCACUAAUAUCAGGGGCUUGUUUACUCAAAUUGCGAACUGCAGGUGCUUGCAGUUGACACGAGUUUUGGUAAUUUUGUCUGUGUGACUAAUUCAAAUGAAUUAGUCAUCAAACCAAGGACUCACGCAGUUCUGAAGGACACUGAAGGCUGGCAACUGAUAAAUUAUGAUUUGGUUACUACGUACUGUCACUUUGAACAUGUCAUAACAAAUGCAUUGGUUUAGCAAAAUAUAUUGUAUUAAAGAAAUUGUCUCGUACGUUAGAUUGACAUCUUGUGGUUACGCAAAUAAAUGAUUAAUUCUGGUCACAUGCAAGGUUUCUAUGCUAUGGAUCUUUUAUCGUUAAUAGCCUAAUUUAUAGCUUCGUAAGUAGAUGAACUAAUGCUUUGGUGCAUUGCAAAAUUUAGUAUCAUGUUUUAUAUGCGACGCUACAUAGGGCCUUGCGCUAGAGCAGCCUGGGAGAUGAAGGACUACGCUUCUGUUUACAGCUUAGAGAUAAACGUAAUUGCGACGAAAAAUCCAUUCACCUGAUGUUAAAGACUGUUAUAUUAUCUAAAGUCAGUUGAUUGUUUACUAUUUUUUUGCAGAAAUAUAUGCAUCAAAAGCUUCUUUGCGCGAUAUGCAGUAUAUACGUAGGGUCUAGUUAGUAAGUGAUGCUUUGUUAGAUAAGAUUCCAGCGAUCCCUCCGAAGUAGUAUUAGGUUGCCUUCACGCAUGAAGCAAAUAGCUGU